AUGAGUGAAACUCGUGAGAAGCGGGUGCAGGUGGUGGGUGAGCCACCUGUGCUGACUCGGGGGCCAGUACAAGACGAUACAGACUCUGAAAAUGAACGUGAAGUAGAGGAGCCGCAUAUCAACGAUGUGGGCACACAUGACGACGACGAUGACGACGAUGAAGGUAUGGAGGAGUUGAUGUCGGCCUUCGAAGACAAUGAAAUAGAGCUGGAUCUCACGCAUCUUCGCAUUAAGUCUACCAAGUGUCUGAAUUUGCCAAGAUUCUCAAAGACGCUGGAGCGAUUAAAUCUGCGCCAGAAUGAAAUCCAUCAUAUGCGGGGCAAAGACCUGGGCAGUGUCCCUCACCUGAAAGAGUUGGACCUUUAUGAUAAUGCUAUUGAACACAUCGCAGGACUGGAUAAAAAUGACGAGCUGGAUGCAGAACAAAAUUGCGCGCGUGCGGCCCACUGA